AUGGCCAUUUUACCAAGUAUUGCCGUUGCUCUGCGGUUCUGGUCGCGAACGAAAUUGCCCACGAAGGGCUCAUUUCCACGCCUGUGGUGGGAUGACUGGGCUGCUCUUCUGGCGGGGAUGAUCAACAUUGCCGUGUGUGCCAUGGGACUCAAGAUGUGCGACAUUGGCAUGGGGCGGCAUGUGGAGGUGGUGUCAGCGGAGCAUUUGACAAUCUUCCUGAAACUUCUCUGGGCGGAGUAUUUCGUGUUUGACACGGGCACUUCGGUGGCCAAAGCCUCAGCCUUGUUCUUCUACUCGCGGCUCUUCAGCCAGGCUAACACCCGCUUUCGAUACUGCAUCUAUGUGGUGCAUGCAUUGAACGCCCUCUGGCUGGUGGGCAUUCUCCUCUCCGUCAUCUUCGAAUGCACGCCGAUCCAGAAGGUCUGGUACCCCACCCUGCCCGGUCGAUGUGAUAAUUCCCGCAUUCUGUGGAUGGGCAGUGGCAUUCCCAGUUUGAUCAUUGAUGUCUUCAUCCUGGUCCUUCCGGUGCCAAUGGUCCUGCGGCUGAAGAUGAAUCCCACCCGAAAGAUGCUGGCCAUCGGUGUGAUUGUGCUCGGUUAUUUAGUGGUAGUUGUCUCUAUUGGUCGACUCGUCUCGAUCGUUCAAUCCGGCGACGGACUUCAAACCGAUCCUACCUUUAACAUCAUUACUCCCGUCUAUUGGCUGGGAUCCGAGAUCCCCAUUUCGGUCAUCAGUGUCUGUCUGCCCAGUAUCUUUCUCCUCAUCCGUCAUCUCUGCGCCCGCCAAUUCCAGUCUCUCGGCGGUGGCAGUACCAGCACGCCUCAAGAUUCCUAUGGUUCCUCCACCCGCAAGUUAAUCUACCAGAAGCGCCCUGAGCGGGGUUCAAGCUUAGGGGGAGGCGUCCCCCGCGGCGACUUCCCGCAUCCUGCAGAUAGCAACAACGAUAUAGUCCCGCUUAAUUGGGUGGAGCCGUCCAUUAUAGCUCCACAGUCGACGCGAGGGAGUGCACCUAGGGCCGGAGAGAUUAUGGUCAAGAAUGAUAUCGUAGUGUCUUAA